AUGUUGGAUGCUUUGGACAAGGGAGCCAACAUCUGGCAAUGUCUACUGGCCGCCUUUUUCCCUGGCUAUGAUUCUGUCAACGUCAGCAAUGAACUAUUCAAUGACCAUGACCACAAUUUUGACAAAGAUUCCAAAUCAUGUCUUACAAACCUGGCCAAAGUUUACGCGGUCCUCGCUGCUGCGGAGCUUGAAUACUGUUUGAAUGGCGAACAUGCAUUGUGCACCGAAAAAGAUGACAGUGAAAACGAUCACGCCGAAGUCGACGAAGAUGAAAAGGCAAGUAGACGUGAUCGAGGGCUCGCAUUCUGUGGAAGCACGCCAAAAGUCACGGCCAGUUUCAUGGACUUCAUUCCUGGUCUAAUCGAGGAUCAGUCAUUGGAUGACUUCCUUAACAUGUUUUACCUCCUGAACAUUGGCCUGCUAAGCACAGAUCAAGAAGUUAGAUGUGGAACUUUAGUAGUUGCUACGGCUUUGUUUAGAAAUGUUCCGGGUAUUUUGAUUGCCAAAGAUUACGAGAAAAUGUUCUCAGAUUUCAUCUGCGCUUUUUUGCAGUCCAACUGUUUUGCGUUAAUCAUCAGGUGUCUCGAUUUAUCUGCAGACCCUCGAAUCACAAAAGAAGCCGAAUGCAUCGAGGUUCUUAGAUUCUACCAACAACUUCUGAGAAUCUCACAGUUGAACAGGCCCGAUGUCUUGAUUCCAGCUAUUGCUUCCAGUUUAGGAUCCGUUGUUCGUGAUUACAUAACCGUUUUUGGCAGUGAAAAUGAUGAUACAUCGAAGCGAAAAGAAAUGAUCAAAAUAUCGUGCCUGCUUUCUAAUUUAGUUAAUGCGGAUACAGGGAAAGGGCGAGGUAUGGGUCGACGCCCUGACUUACUCAACACGGAAAAUUACCCGGCGGGAAUGGUAGCGAAGACAAGUGCUAUUUUGAUAGCUGAAAUGCUAAUGGUAAAUCCAACUCCUGUUUGCAAAUCUGGUGCUAUAACGGUGCUCAUCUCUUUCAUUCUUCAUAGCUCGAAUCAAAGACUGACCGAGAGUAUUCUAUCUUCUAUUUUAUAUGUCAUAAAUUUCUCCGAGUCUAGAUCUCAAAUUUCUCCUAUUAUGUUACACUCGUUUAUGUCGCCAUUUACUUCAGAAUCCACUAGUGGUUUUAAAUUUGACCUUUCCAUGCCAUUCUCAGAAGAGUCCUUUGGCUCUGCCUUCCAAAUUCAACUGCAGUCUUCAAAACUCUGUCUUAUCUCUCUUCUGUCAUCCUGGCAGGGCCUAAUUGCACUGGGAUCUCCAGUGUCGAGAAAUAGCUCUGCCCUUAAAUCGGGAGUAGAAAUUUUAAUAUGUUCUAUGAAUGUUGGUGACGUGUAUUGUAGAACUGCUGUUUUGGAAACCUUAUACCAUGUUCUUGGAAUCGAGUUUCCGACAAAUUUCUCAUUUUUAUUGAGCGAAAAUCAAGAAAACUUAGAAACCGAACCAAAUGCUUACGCAGUUCCUAAUGAUUCUUAUGCAAAAUAUAGACUUGACGAAGGUUUCGUUGUUGCUGAGUUCGUGGAUUCUCGUGACUGCUUCUCGGAUUUCCGAGACAAUCAGCCAUCACAAAUAUCGGCGAAAACUCUGGACUUGGUUCUAAGCCGAAGAGUGUUCCUGCUAGCUGCUUUUGUCGAAGCGGGCUUAAUAGACAUGUUACAGAAGAUGCAGGAAUCGAUCUAUUCAGUUGAAACGAAAGAUGAACGCACUAACAUGGAAAACAGUUUGAAGUUAGCUGCUGCUUACAUGCUCGUGGAAUUAUGUCAAGUGUACAAACCGUUGCUACCGAAACACUUUGAGCCAUUUUUCUCCGCUAUUGCUUUUAAAGCUGAAGGCGAUUUGACGUAUGACUCGGAAACUGACCCUGAAAUUAUACAACAGCUAGAAAAGUUCAAUGUUUCAAAUGAGACGCAAGCAUUUUUGGACGUGCCUUUCGAGCCAACUGAAACAACGAGAAACGAAAGAGGACAGUCGGAAGGUUCUAUAAAUGUUCUGGACGCUAUUGUGAAGUGGAAGCGUCAAAGACAGACCACAAAUCCAUCAUCAGUGGGACCACAAUGUGGAAUACAUGGUUCUGUUUUUAUGGAGUAUCUUCGAAAUGAGCAAAACUCAUCGUUAAUUUCGACGGAUCUGUCUACAGCGUUGAUUCCAAAAGCAAACUCAAAGAAACUGGAACAUCAUUUGGCGCAGCUUCUUGUUGAGAGUAACGUUCUGGAGCAAACCAGCGUUGAGAUGGGAAGUCAUGUUGAAAAUAGCGAGGAUAGUACUUAUGAGUUUAUGAACAUGUCAAAUUUUCCUUCAACUAACGAAUCAGAGGAUGUUCUAGAAAAUUCCUUAGCUCUCGUUGAAGCAGUAUCAGUCACUAAUUUACCUCAACGACAGACGUCAAGAGUGUCAAUAGCGGAUCCUCUGGCAUUGUUCAAGGCGCCCUUUUGGACAGGAAGAGCGCCGAAUGUGAAGGAAAGCGUUGAAGUGACGGGAUCGGACACUGUUAUGACCGAUGUUACAUCUUGCUAUAAGUUGUACAGCUGGCCUACUAUUUGUUCGUGCUUGCGACAUUUCUCAUACAAGUAUGAAACGGGAAUAGCAACUAGUGCAGCUAGAGCUGGUGCCUUCUUGAUUCGCUUGACUCUGUAUUUCAUGCCAUCGUCAAGGUUUUUCUCGGCUGAAAAGUAUUCAUACAGUGCCUCAGCUGAAUCGUCGAGUGGAGAUUUUUUUGCUAAAAUUGAAGCUGGAAGCUUACUGUUCAAACUAUUAGCUGAUGCGUAUGUAAAUGCAGAGUCUACUCCAAAAACAUCAACUCUCGGUGCUAGCACACCAUUAGUUAACAGAAUUGCUCACAUGGCGAAGAUGUUGUUCGCAGAUUUAUUUUCUUGUAUAGAAACAGAAUACCCGAACAGUGCAGUCACGUCUGGAGCAAAGACAUCGCGGGGCUCACGGGGCUCAACAUACAAUGCAAGAAGGAACAACAUCAGCGUUUUUGGUGCAAUUGGUCUUCCAGAAUCUUGCGCGCAGUUGUACUUCAUAUUUCUUGGCGGUCUCCCAAUGAGCAGUAGACGUUCAAUUAUGAACGAUUUCCAUCUAACCGAAGCCUUUGUUAAUAUUUUAAUAUUUGGUAAAAACGAGCCGCUCUGUAAACUAAUCUUGACAUGUGUUCCGUACAAUAAAGAACUGGGCUCUUCGGAAAGUUGCCAAAUGAUGGAACUGGCAGUACGUGGCUCCUCGUCCAAGACUAUCCAGCAGUUUGCAAUCCAGCUUCUUCAGAUUUUGGUCGGUUUUUGGAGAGAUGCGAGUCGUGUGGUGGCUUGGAAAGAGCAUGGUGUGAAGAAAUUGGCGUGGGUGAUUGACAUGCUGUUUGAAGCAGUGUUCAAUCCCGAUGACGUCAUAAAGGACAUUGCAUUUAACCAACUUUUGGAUAUAUCAGUGGACAAUCGAUGUCUCCCACUCAUGUUCUCAAAUGAUAGACAACUGGCUCUUCUUCUGGUCCAGCCAGACCCCGUCCUCCUCCAGUUCCAACCAGGAGCUGAACGGACACUCAAUGAAAUGGUUCAUUUGAAGUCAGUGUGCCUGUUUUCGCGGUAUCUGAACUGCUCGCUGGAAACCGAGCUGAGUGCACAGUCUCCCUUGCGGCAAAGAACUUUUUCAGAGACUGAUUUGUUUUCCACCACGAUGGACGAUCUACCGGAUUGUACAGAUGGCAUAUCAGAGCUACUCGCAGACUACAGCCGGAAAACCAAAGACAGUGUUUUGUACAAGGUGUUAGUGAAAACAUGGUGCAACGAGCACUUCUGCAGUCGCUAUGCGCAGUACGUGGACUCUCUGGCCAAUGAAAACUUCUGCAGACACCAGACUUCACAUGACGGAAAGUUCAUCCGCACCUCUUCAUCUGGCUCCGUGAAGAAAGCAAGAACCGCAGUUCUCCCCCCUCACCUCUUCAGAGAACUCUGCGAAACAGAAAAGGGUGCGAGGUUUUUCUUCUCUCUAGCAAAGGACACCAUAUCACACCACAUCAACCAUCUGGGCAUACUCAAACCAUCCAAACACCAGCUAGUUGAAGUGAAAGCAGCCAUCUGGUCCAUAGCACACAUAGCCUCUACUAGUUGUGGGUUCAACAGGCUGCCGACACAUGCAGUUGUUCUACUAGCUUUGAUGGCCGAGGAAUCUGAAGUUCUGUCGCUCCGAGGCACAGCUCUGACAUCCCUCUCUCUCCUCUGUCGAGAUGCUCUAAAGUUGCUUAAAAUGAUCGGAUGGUCUCACGACAAACAAUGUGAAUCAUACAUAUCUACUUCUUCUACUUUUACACUAUUUGAAGACCUAAAGGGCUUUGAAGUUGACCACGAAAUUGGCGUGAUGUGCAAAAAGUUUUGCAAGCAGAUUGAAUCGACGAAAUUCAAAAAGAGAAAAUCGCAAGGUAGUUUUGACCCUCUCAAACAUACUGAGGCUGGAAAGAAAGGAACUCUGAGGAAGUUUGCAAUGACUAAUCAGACUGCAGAGAAGAUUAAUGAAGAUAUUUUGGCAAGAGAAGCAAGGAAGUACUCAAAAAGUGAAUCACCUGCUGUUGUUCUGCCCGUUCGGAUGAAACGAAUAAUGAACGUGAGGAACUUCAACUCGCUCAGGGCCAAACGAGGAUCAUCGUCUGAAGGCUAUCGGUCUGGACGUGACACCCGAAAUAGCAGCUUGUCUGGAUAUGAAAGAAGAGAAACGGUCGAUUCGAACGAAGAACGAAGUUCAUUCGACAGGGAAUCGAGUGACAUUUCAAUUAUGGCGUCGGAGAGUGCGCAUAACAAGAGGUAUUCAACGGGUUGUUCUGUCCCGUCUUACCCCGCGACACCCGUGAACAGACCGAGACUGUUGACUGUGAGCUAUGCUAUGGAUGCCGGAAUCGUUGCAAGAAAUGACUCAAUUGAUGGAGUGCGCUUCUCUGUAGAGUCACCCAAAGGCUUCGACAACGCAGUGCGCGACGAGCGAUCUUCCAGCAACGAUUCAAACAACGACGCCGAAUGGCUCGAAAAAAUUGUCAUUCUUGUUCACGAAGAGGAAAAAUGCCUUCAAUGCAAAUGCUUUUCCGCUCUUUAUGCGCUGAAGAUGACAAACUUCUCUGAAGUAUCUUCUAAUUUCACUCGACUCAAUGUCUUUGCCUCGAGAGAUGAAAGUCCAGUGUAUGUUCCGAGAAUGUACAGAGAGAAAUUUCUGUUCUGGGCGGGGCAGCUUUGCAGUAUAACUUCGAAAGAUGCGGCAACUAAUAUGGAAAAUUUCAUGAAAAAGUUCGUAUACGGGCUGUUAAAAAAUGCUACCAAUCCUGCGGUUUUUGACCCAGUAGAAACUGACAGAUACGAAAACUCGCAAAACUACGAAAAAGUAGAGAUGCACAAGCUAGUGUGUCUUUACAGCGACUGCCUGCUGGUUUUGAACCAGAAUGCGUGUUCGGCGGCGAAUCGACUGUUCGUCCAUACUUUAUUCAGUCCGAUCGUUAACGAGCAGUUAACUCGGUUAAGGCAGACUAGUGGAAUUUCCAAUAGAUAGAAACAGUUGGCCAAAUCAAAUGAACUUAGUUUAUUUUUGUUGCUAUGCAACAUUUUCUGUCAUAUCUUCAUUAUCUUUGAUAGAUACUAGUUAGAUUGAAUUAUAUCAUUUGAAAAAUGCACAAUUUUCAUUUAUUCGACGACUGUUUUAAUGGAACGUUAUUUAUUUCAA